CGCAACUACAACUUGUUUGGUUUACAGUCUCUAACCCCUGCAACAAUGCGCCGUAGCAUAAUCGCUGCGUUCCACCAGACUCUCAAGCAGGCGUAUGGCCACGCCCCUGCAGCAGAGGCUGGUACCGUUAACUCCCGUGACGAUUACAAAGCCCGUGCUCGUAUCCUCGCUGAUGACUUCUCUUGGGAUGUCACUGAUGCAAGGAAGACCUGGUGUUUUGGUCCCGAUACCACUGGCCCCAACUUGCUCGUCGAUGUCACCAAGGGUGUGCAGUACCUCAACGAAAUCAAGGACUCUUGCGUCGCUGCCUUCCAGUGGGCAACGAAGGAGGGUGUCUGCGCUGAGGAAAAUAUGCGCGGUAUCCGUUUCAACAUUCUUGAUGUCACUCUGCAUGCUGAUGCUAUCCACCGUGGUGGUGGACAAAUCAUUCCUACAUGCCGUCGUGUCUGCUACGCUGCAUGCUUGCUUGCUACCCCUGGUCUCCAGGAGCCGGUGUACCAAGUCAACAUCGAGUGCGAAGCAGUAUGUGUCCCAGGACGGAACAACGUUGUCAAUAUUGAGGAAAAUAAUGUCCUCGAGAAUUCUGACAGUGUCGAUUAUGAUAGGCAUUAG